AUGGAGAACGGCGCAUCAGCAAAUGACGGCAAGGACCCGUCCAGCUUCUUGGGCCAGAUCAUCGGCAAUCCGGUCACUGUCAAACUCAACUCCGGCGUUGUCUACAAAGGAGAGCUUCAGUCUGUGGAUGGCUACAUGAACAUUGCGCUGGAGAAGACUGAGGAGUAUGUCAAUGGUACGAAGCGAAGAACGUACGGUGAUGCAUUCGUGAGAGGGAACAACGUCAUGUACAUCUCCGCUGAUUGA